UGGAGGUCCUUUUCUAAACGUGCUGUGCCUUCAUGGACCAUCCUGCUCCACAAAUCCCUCUGGUGGGCAGCCUCCUCCCAGGUGUUAAGGUUGAUGCGGCAUUUCCUCAGGUUAGGUUUGGACACCGGAGAAUAUGAAUGGGUGUUGUCAAGACAUGCAUAAUUAUUGUACUGCCUUCACUGCAAAGUGGUGGAAGAAGAAGACAACAAACUGAGUCAUUAGGUUGAUAAAAAGCGUCUUCCGUUCCGCUCUGGUGUAGAAGGAAUUCAAGGUUAAGGCAGGACACACUGCACCAUUGACCACUCAUUGGUCCCCAAGAAUGAAGGUCCUGCUAAAAGAUGAGAUGCUGAUUGCGGAAGGAAAACUGCUAAAAUACUUACCCAAGUGUUUUCAGAUCUUUGGAAUAGUAUUUGCCUUUAACAGGAACAAAACAAAUUCCGUACAGUUCAUCGUUGAUACAUGGCCUGAUUUUAAAGUCAUCAUUUGCCGAACUGAUCCAGAGAAAAAGCGAGACUUCACAAGAAAGGUGUCGCUCUUCAGCACGGAUGAGCGGAGUUUGAAGAAAAUGCUGUCAGAGGAGGAUCCAUUCGACUGGAGUUCUUGCUUUCGUCUUGGAGGUUGUGACGUUUCUCAUACCACCAUGUUGAAAGAGGUUUCAUCGAACAGAAAUGUCAACUGCAAAUGUGUGACUGUGACGCAUCUUCUGUAUUUGCCAGGGAGUAGUCAUCUGGUCACACCAACAUUUGACAGUCAGCUGAAAUCCAGGAUUUCAUCUCUCGAUUGUUCCCACGCUGACCUGGUAAAUUGCACAUGGAAGUUGGGUGGAACUGAACAAACCAAGAACAUUGUCACAUUCCUCAUCAGCAACUUCCCAUCAUGUUGCAUCACUGAUUACCAGGGUCGGCCUGUAUCAUGGAUGGGGAUGUAUGACUCCUUGGCAAUAGGCAUGUUGUAUACUCAGCCUGAGUACAGACAGAAGGGUUACGCCAAAGUGUUGGUCCAUACCAUGGCCCGCAGACUCCUUGCUGACGGCUACCCAGUGUUCUGCUACAUAGAGGAGGGCAAUGCCGUCUCUUACAAGCUUUUUAAAAGUCUGGGCUUUAUUGAGGAUCCUUCAUUCAGAGCAUCAUUGUUUGAGUUCAAAGUCUGAUAUUUUUAAAAGGGAACUGCACUUUUUGGGGAAUUUUGCCUAUCAUUCACAAUCACUAUGAGAGACAAAAAUACACAUAAUUUUUUUUGGGGGGGGGGCGUUAAAGAUGAUAAAAAAACGCUUUGAAGAUGUGGCUAAUGGAAGCAACUGUUGUAGCCUUCAAAGCCUCCAAAACAAUGUCAAAACCCUAGAAUGUUUUAUAUACACGCUCAAUAAUGCAGUAACAGACACGUUCAUAACAAUCAUAAUCAAAAAUCAUAAUCAGAAAUACUUUAUUAAUCCCCGAGGAGAAAUUACAUUUUUCAGCACAAUCCCAUUCAAGAGCAGACAAACAUUACAGGGAGACAGAACAGGAUCGCUGACGGGUCUGCCAACUUCCCGCGGCCCUUACAAAAAAGGUGAGAAACAGGUAAACGCUGGGGAUGGGGCGGGGCUUGUGAGAAAAAAAAUAUUCAGUCUAAGCCUGGGCCCCUGGAGAGGGGGUCCAGACUGAGACCAAGGGGAAAAAACAUCAUAGCCAUAGCACACAUAAACAUGUGUGUAAGAGGGAAACAUCAAAUCAAUCAAUCAAUCAAUGUUUAUUUAUAUAGCCCUAAAUCACAAAAGUCUCAAAGGGCUGCACAAGCCACAACGACAUCCUCGGCACAGAGCCCACACAAGGGACGUCGAUGUGAAUGACUAUGAGAAACCUUGGGGAGGAUCGCAUA